CUGCUAAUGUAAAAGUCUUACACAUUCACCAAAGCAGUGGAAGCUACAGCAAACACAAGAAUAUCAAGAAUGGCACCUUCACGAGGGAGCAACAAAGUCCAAGCAAUCCAUGAUGGCGAUGCCGCUGUCCAACAACAAUCCAACUCGGCUCUGAUCAAUGCUAAACGCAAUCUAAAUUACCUCUUCUCACCAACUUCACCAGGCGCGAACAAACCUGCAAAGCUCCGCACAAGAGCACUGUUGCGACUCGUCAGGUCCGCUGGGACAUUCAUCAUCUGGAGACUGGUCCGUUGGGCGAAGUACGUGGCCGUUGGGAGUCUAGUCGCUGCAGUCGGGGCUACGGCAUUCGGCAGUGCCAUCACAGGCGUCGCGUGGUUGGCUGCUCCUCCCACCAUUGGAGCGAGCAUUGUCGCAGCAAGCAUAUGGGGCGCUGGACGGUUUGCAGCACGACGACUGCAUAAUCGCUGGAAGAAGGGAGGAGGAGACGUUGGCGCUGAGGUGAGGGAAAGGGUUGAGGAUGAAGGGCCUGUUAGGAGUGAAGGAGCAUAUGGUCUUGACAUGGGUCCGAGGGCGGUGCCGUGGUGAUCAUCAGGGUUUUGAGAUGGGGGUCGUCACUGCUAUGCUGGUGGGUUCUUCGAUUGAGCUUGCGGGGGUAGUGUCGAGGCAAGCUUGAUCACCUGUACAUACAAGAAGGUGGUGCCCAGUCGGCCGUCCUACACAAAGACGGAUCACAUGUUAUGUUCGAAGUUAUCAGGUGUUGGAGACAUAGAUCACAUGUGAAUUGCACCGCCGACGAUAAAUGGUGGUGCCUGUCCUGAGGUGCAUCUCAACAGUCUCAAAGGGUCCUGGCGGGCGUCAUCAUUCGUAUGAGUGUUUAAGUU